GUUGGAAAAAGAGUGAACGGUGCGCUUUACAAUGGAUUAAAAACCUGCACAUGUAGAUAGACACCUGGCGUGCGCAUCCACUAUGCGCCCACGGGCACGUCCAAUAUGCAAUGGAAUUGAUAAUGCACCUUGGUUUUCAUUUUUAGUAGUUUAUCAGGUAAACUAACGGGUAAGAAUGUUGAGGUUGAGAACAGUGCUGCUGACUCCAAUUAGAUUAGAUUAUUGGAUUGGCUGCAACAGAUUAUAGCGCGCCUGCUUCCAAGACGCAGUAUACCGAGGAAGACGCGUAUGAUCUAACAAUUUUACCCCUGUGGACUUCGACAAUAAUAAGGGGCAGCCAUGCUGACCACCUUAAUGGACGGCCUCCUCUGCUGCCUGACGGGGAAGUCGGCCAACGUUGUGGUUCCCAUAGAAACCUCAGAACCCGCUGACGGCUACGAGUUUGUGGAGGUCAAACCAGGUCGCGUCCUGAGGGUCCGACAUGUCAUUCCGGAACGGGAGGUGGAGGAAGAGCCCAGCGGGCCAGGGGGAAGCGUCCACUGCAAGAGGAAGAUCACAGUGUAUCGUAACGGACAGCUACUGAUAGAAAACCUGGGGGAUGCGGUUAAACAGGAGCGGUUACAUGCUCCGAACGGAGAAGCAGAACCGAACUGUACAGUAGAGGUAGAGCUCGCAGACCCACCUUCCAAUCCAACUCCCAAUUCUGACACUAAAGUGGACAAGACAGGGUCAGUGAUUGGGGCAGGGGGAGCAGCAACAGCUCCAGAUCUGACCCAGCAGCCCCGGAAGCGACGGCGGAAGCCCAAGCGCACAGUGGUGAUCGACAGCGAGAGGAAGAUCACAUCGUGUAAGGGGACACACGCGGACGUGGCACUGUUCUUUGUGCACGGUGUGGGCGGCUCGCUGGACAUCUGGGGCAGUCAGCUGGACUUCUUCUUCCGUCUGGGCUAUGAGGUCAUCGUGCCAGAUCUGGUAGGUCACGGGGCGAGCUCGGCGCCCCAGAUCGCGGCGGCAUACACGUUCUAUGCCCUGGCCGAGGACAUGAGGGCCAUCUUUAAGAGAUAUGCACGGAAAAGGAACAUUCUCAUCGGACAUUCUUAUGGUGUGUCAUUCUGUACAUUCCUGGCCCAUGAGUACCCGGACCAGGUCCACAAGGUGGUGAUGAUAAACGGAGGAGGCCCCACAGCCCUGGAGCCCAGCCUUUGUUCCAUUUUCAACCUGCCCACCUGCGUCCUGCACUGCCUCUCCCCCUGCCUCUCCUGGAGCUUUCUCAAGGCUGGAUUUGCCCAUCAGGGUGCAAAGGAGAAGCAGCUGUUGAAAGACAACAAUGCUUUCAACGUGUCCUCCUUCGUGCUGCGUGCCAUGAUGAGUGGCCAGUACUGGCCAGAGGGCGACGAGGUGUACCAUGCAGAGAUCACUGUGCCCAUCCUACUGGUGCACGGCAUGUACGACAAGUUUGUGCCCGUGGAGGAGGAUCAACGCAUGGCAGAGAUCUUGCUGCUGGCCUUCCUGAAGAUAAUCAAUGAGGGCAGUCACAUGGUGAUGAUGGAGUGUCCCGAGAGCGUCAACACCCUCCUGCACGAGUUCUUCCUCUGGGAGCCAGACUCCGCUCCUAAAUCUAAACCACGAUCUGAAACCGCCAAUGCAUCCAACGGGGGAGCAACUUCAGAAAGCCAAGCCAAGAAUAAGUAGCCCAUAGAAGGAUGGAUGUGUGUUAUUGACUCCAAUCAAAGCUUGCACAGCCAGUGAUGUGUACUGUCUACCAUGGCUGGUAGUGCUAGGCGUGUCUCCUCGGGUGCAGGGAGCUGGUUUGAGUCGGUUUGAACUGGGCUGGGCUGGUUUAAGAUUGAGAUUUGAGGAGGUGGAACACAGUACACAGGGACAGAUGGGUCUAUAUUUGGUCUAAGUCUGAGCCACUGCACUACAUCAGAGGAAGGACAAGAGGGAUGCGAGGGAGGGUGAGGAGGGACGGAUAGAUGGACGUCAAUGACGUUGACCGUGGAGGUCUAUUGUAUUGUUCUGACCUGUUCUGAUUGAGUGACUGAUCCCUGACUGUGCCUUGGGGUGGCGUGGGGCUGAAGAGGUGCUGAGUUGUAGAGGUGGACCUGAUAAUGUUAUUGGUUUUGUGUGUUGCGUGUGGUACACCUCUAGUUGCACAAUGGGUGGAAAUGUCAAAACAAGGGUGGAUCAGAGAGGGAAGAGAAUGUAUUGGAAGUGGUCAAGUCACACAAGACAAUAACUAGCCAAGAAGAACGCUUGUUAUACUACUCAAGCCAAAGGUUAGCCAAUGUUUGUGACAAGCAACACCAGAACCAACUUUCUUUUUUUUCUGACCACUUUUUUUUUUUCUGAUCACAUUUGAAUAUUUGAAACUUCACAACAUUGUGACUCAAGUUGAAUGAGACAUUUGAAAUGAUGUUCGACCAUCAAUGCUGCUUUUUGAGAACGAGCCAACUCCAAUGUAUUUAAAUGCAUUAUUCAAACGCACUUCCCUGUCAGAAUCAUUGCAAAUGACAAGCCAUUUCUUGACAUUGACAAUGUUUUGCUUUGUCUACUGAGAAACAACUUGAGGGACAGGGGAAAUACCAAUGUGUGACUGUUUUACAAAGUCUUCUUGUGUAUUUUAUGGGAAAAACAAAAAUGUUUCCUUUGGCUGCUGGUUAACUGGGAAGUACAAACUGGUAGAUAUCAAUGUGUGUUUUGGGCCCUUUUUAGAAGGAUUAUUUUUCUUGCUGUUUAUUCAUAUUCCUCUACAAAACUAUGCUGAACAAUGAUUGUUUACCUUUUUUUCAGGUAAAAGUGAUAUAAGCUAUGAAAAUGUUUAUUGGUACACCAAAAUAUGGUACACCAAAAAUGUUUGUAAAAUCGGAGAAUUCUUCAAUACCACAUAGCAAGCUCUCCGUCAUGUAACUACUGAACAAAAAUGUAAACAAAAAUGUAAAGUGUUGGUUCCAUGUUUUAUGAGCUGAAAUAAAAGAUCCCAGAAAUGUUCUAUAUGCA